ACAAGGUUGUGAAUGAAGGGGAUGCAAUCCUGUUGCUUUAGUGCUUCCCGUCGUGAAGGAGGUCACUGCACAUGAAGGGGAGGGUGGCUACGAAGGACAGAGCAGUCAUGUAGAAGGAGGAAAUGCUUAUGGUUACGACCAAGGACAGAGCAGUCAGGUAGAAGGAGGAAAUGCUUAUGGUUAUGAACCAGGGCAGAGUAGUCAGGUAGAAGGAGCAAAUGCCGAUGGUGAUUACAAUGGCGAGGUGGACGCUGACGAGGUAGAUGGGCACAUGCAGAACCAGAUGGAAGAAGAAGACACCGAUGUUGAAAGGGGUCAUGCCGAUGAUUCUGACGAGUCAGAUGAAGAAGAAAAUGCAGAGGAGGUCCCGAAUCCUGCAUGGUGGAAUCAUGACUUAUCAUCUGCAAUGACCGUGAAUGAUGGACAUGAUUCAGCCUGGCAAUAUCACCAGAACAAUAUUGCGACGGGUGCUAUGUAUCCGAACAAGCAAGCCUUGAAGGAUGCAAUAAUUAAUUGGGCAAUGUCCACGCAAAGGGUUUUCAAAGCUGAGGUGUCCAGUCAGAAAUUCCUCACAAUGGUAUGCAAGAAUGCAGAUUGUCCCGCAAGGGUGCACGGCUUUCUCCCUAAGUAUGGCACAAGUUGGGUGAUAAGUGACUUAGUUAAUCACACUUGUCUUAUUCCCUGCAUCCCUCAAGAUCAUGCCAACCUUUCAUCCACGCUUAUUGCUCGACUGUUUUACGAUGAGAUAGUGCAAGGCAAAGCUAUGGAAUGUCGGGAUUGUGGUUGCUGAAUGGGGACAUUGAUAAGGGUCAUCGUGGUGCGAUAUGGUAUGAGCGCAAGC